AUGCCCUAUAGCAGCCCCCUUUACGAUUGGGAUUCGCCCGCUGAAGGAUCCGCCCCGGUGACGCCAUCCAGCUCACCAGCCUCGCGACUGACAGACAUGCAAGUCCUCGGCGGCUCUCUUCCUCCAUCACCGGAGCUCUGGGCCGACUUCAUGUUUUCGGAUUGCUCCUACUACCCGACCACCGGGUGCGGCCUUCUGCCGGUCAACUCGUCCCCAAAUAGUGGUGUGGCCGAUGAGAGGUCGGCCGACCAGUUGGCCUUCCGCCUGGACCCUUUGAUAGUGCCCCAAGCCGGCAUGCCAGGAAUCGAUAUCCCCAUGGGGGAGCUUAUCCCCGCCAUGCCCGAGUCCAGCAUCGCUCCGACGCCGAUAAUGGCGUCACUGUUACCGCUGAAUAUCCAUCAAUCGCCGCCCGUGUCAUCGCCCAGAAACGACCCGAGGGGAUCUCAACUGACAUCCGCUCAGUCGUCAAGAGCCCGGCAACGGUGCCAACCAAGUCCCGCCGGAGAAGAAUCCUGGGCAGAUGACGGCUCCCUCUCGCCCGGCUCGGAGGAAGGACGGCUGCAGGAAAGGCGGCGCCGCAAUAAAUUGGCAUCACGAAAGCUGCGGCAGAAACACCUGGACCAUGUUUCCGACCUGGAGUCCCGGUUAGGGGCCGUGACGCAGGAGCGCGACGAGUUGCGCCUGCGAGUUGCCAAAUGGGAAGGGGAGGUGAUGGUGCUGAGGAAGUUGCUCGAGAAUCGCACAGACGAUUAA